AUGGAUCCGGUGGAUCCGAAGGAUCCGGUGGAUCCCGUGGAUCUGAAGGAUCCGGUGGAUCCAAUGGAUCCGGUGGAUCCGGUGGAUCCGCAUGGAUCCGGUGGAUCCCAUGGAUCCGGUGGAUCCCAUGGAUCCGGUGGAUCCGAUGCAUCCCGUGGAUCUGAAGGAUCCGGUGGAUCGCAUGGAUCCGGUGGAUCCGAUGGAUCCGGUGGAUCCGAUGGAUCUGAAGGAUCCGGUGGAUCGCAUGGAUCCGAUGGAUCCGAAGGAUCCGGUGGAUCCGAUGGAUCCCGUGGAUCUGAAGGAUCCCGGUGGAUCCAAUGGAUCCGAUGGAUGGAUGGAUCCAAUGGAUCCGGUGGAUCCCAUGGAUCCGGUGGAUCCCAUGGAUCCGGUGGUCGCAUGGAUCCGGUGGAUCGCAUGGAUCCGGUGGAUCCGAUGGAUCCCGUGGAUCCGGUGGAUCCGAUGGAUCCCGUGGAUCUGAAGGAUCCGGUGGAUCCCAUGGAUCCGGUGGAUCCCAUGGAUCCGGUGGAUCCGAAGGAUCCCGUGGAUCUGAAGGAUCCGGUGGAUCCCAUGGAUCCGGUGGAUCGCAUGGAUCCGAUGGAUCCGGUGGAUCCGAUGGAUCUGAAGGAUCCGGUGGAUCCCAUGGAUCCCAUGGAUCCGGUGGAUCCCAUGGAUCCGAAGGAUCCCGUGGAUCUGAAGGAUCCGGUGGAUCGCAUGGAUCCGAUGGAUCCGGUGGAUCCGAUGGAUCCCGUGGAUCUGAAGGAUCCGGUGGAUCGCAUGGAUCCGAUGGAUCCGGUGGAUCCGAUGGAUCCCGUGGAUCUGAAGGAUCCCGGUGGAUCCAAUGGAUCCGAUGGAUGGAUGGAUCCAAUGGAUCCGGUGGAUCCCAUGGAUCCGGUGGAUCCCAUGGAUCCGGUGGUCGCAUGGAUCCGGUGGAUCGCAUGGAUCCGGUGGAUCCGAUGGAUCCCGUGGAUCCGGUGGAUCCGAUGGAUCCCGUGGAUCUGAAGGAUCCGGUGGAUCCCAUGGAUCCGGUGGAUCCCAUGGAUCCGGUGGAUCCGAAGGAUCCCGUGGAUCUGAAGGAUCCGGUGGAUCCCAUGGAUCCGGUGGAUCGCAUGGAUCCGAUGGAUCCGGUGGAUCCGAUGGAUCUGAAGGAUCCGGUGGAUCCCAUGGAUCCCAUGGAUCCGGUGGAUCCCAUGGAUCCGAAGGAUCCCGUGGAUCUGAAGGAUCCGGUGGAUCGCAUGGAUCCGAUGGAUCCGGUGGAUCCGAUGGAUCCCGUGGAUCUGAAGGAUCCGGUGGAUCGCAUGGAUCCGAUGGAUCCCGUGGAUCUGAAGGAUCCGGUGGAUCCCAUGGAUCCGGUGGAUCGCAUGGAUCCGAUGGAUUCGGUGGAUCCCGUGGAUCUGAAGGAUCCGGUGGAUCGCAUGGAUCCGAAGGAUCCGGUGGAUCCGAUGGAUCCCGUGGAUCCGGUGGAUCCCGUGGAUCUGAAGGAUCCGGUGGAUCCCAUGGAUCCGGUGGAUCGCAUGGAUCCGAUGGAUUCGGUGGAUCCGAUGGAUCCCGUGGAUCUGAAGGAUCCGGUGGAUCGCAUGGAUCCGAUGGAUCCGGUGGAUCCGAUGGAUCCCGUGGAUCUGAAGGAUCCCGGUGGAUCCAAUGGAUCCGAUGGAUGGAUGGAUCCAAUGGAUCCGGUGGAUCCCAUGGAUCCGGUGGUCGCAUGGAUCCG